AUGUUCCCGUUUGUUUUUGUUUUUGUUUUCUUGCAAGGUGCUGUCUGCCGAAAACCAGCCCAGCCAGCCAAAGCACCAGCUCCGGGUGGUGAUGUGUUCUUGUGAUGUAUAGCUGUCGUUCAACAUUUUCCCAAGGCUGAACAAGUGUCAAACCAUUCCAAAAUGACCACUAUUGGCAUAGAUCCAACGUUUUCUAAAGCAUAUCGUUUGCUGUUCAGUGAUGAGCCAGAUUCUGCUGAGCAAAUGAGAGCAAUGCUUGAUGAAGCAUUAAAGCAGAAGUAUGGAACUCACAAAACUUUGACCUCAAUUCUCCCUAAAAAGCUCAUGGUUGAAGAACCUCUUACCAACGACAAUAUGACCAGUCCAAGUCAAAGUCCAACAGAAAAUAUUGAUGACCCAGAAUCUGAAGAGUCUACUAAUUCACCAGAGAAUGAAUUGAAUGAGUUAAAUAUAUUAGAGGAGGAUCUUUUGUGUGUUGUCUGCAGACAGAUGAUGCAGAGCGAUGGAAACCGCCUGGUUGAAUGCCAGGAGUGCCAUGGCCUUUAUCAUCAGGAGUGCCACCAGCCACCGAUCAACGAAGCUGAGAUUCCUGUCAAUGAUCCACGUCUAGCUUGGUAUUGCGCAACAUGCAAGAAGAAAUUAAAUAAGGCUAUUUCUACCAUUAAGAACAACAAACCAGUUCUAUCAGUCCCUAUUCCAACUUCACCUAAACCAUCAGGUUCAGGGGGCAAGCCCCCGUUUACCAGUACCAAGACUUUCACAAGUUCAGUCUCAAAAUCUUCAAAUGGUUUGUCAUCUGCACUAACCUCAUGA